AAUACUAAUAUAUAAUUACGUACAUUUUUUUUAUAAAUAUAUUGAAAAUUAAUGGAUAUCAGAAUUAUUGCUAGAUCUCUUUUUGGACGAAGAUGGCUACAAUAUUAUGCAGCAAUUACAUGUACAAUAGCCAUGUUUAUAUCUGGAAUGACAUAUGUAUGGCCAUCACCAAGUUUACCAAAAUUAAUGUCAAGAACUUCAGCAAUACCUAUAACCAAAGACGAAGGAUCGUGGCUAGCUUCAUUUACACCAGUCGGUGAUUUAUUUGGAGCACCAUUAGCUGCAUUUACAGCAGAUUACUUUGGUCGAAAGAAUGCAAUACUCAUUGCCACUGUGCCAUAUUUAAUUCAUUGGUUAAUUAUAUAUUUUGCAAGCUCUUUACCACACUUAUUAAUUGCAAGAUUUUUAUGUGGUUUUGCUGAUGGACAAAUAUUAACAAUUUUACCAAUGUACAUUGGUGAAAUGGCUGAAUAUGAUAUUCGCGGACGUUUGGGUAAUUUAAUAACGGUCAUGGCGGAUUUGGGAACAUUAUUUGUUUAUUGUGUGGGUCCAUAUGUGUCAAUAACAGCAAUGGCCUUGUUGUCAUGUAUUUUUCCAAUCAUGGUAUUCAUAUUAUUUUAUCCAAUGCCAGAUUCACCGUAUUAUCACUUAUCAAAAUUAGAUUAUUUAAGUGCUAGCCGAAGUUUAAGACAAUUUCGCGGUCGUGAUGAAGUAGAUGAAGAAUUAGUUCAAUUACAUCAAGUUGUUACCGAACAAAUGAUCCAACCAAGUACAUGGGGUGAAUUGUUUAAAAAUAAAACUAAUCUAAAAGCAUUGUUAAUUGUAAUUGGUUUAAAGUCAUCACAACAAUUAAGUGGAAUAUCUGCAUUUCUGGUGUAUUCAGAAUUAAUAUUUACAGAAGCUGCAGGAAAUAUUGAUCCAAGCAUUUCGGCAAUGAUUUUUGGUUUCAUCCAAUUAGUAUCCAGUGCUUUCUCCGCCGUGGCAGUGGAUUAUAUUGGUCGCAAACCAUUAUUAAUAUCUUCAUGUAUUGGAUCAGCAGUUGCACUUUUUGCUCAAGGGACAUACUUCUACUUAUUACAGCAUAGUUAUGAUGUAACAGGCUUUAAAUGGGUUCCCUUAACUUCAAUGUUAUUAUUUAUUGUGAUGUAUUGCUAUGGUUUAGGUGCAAUUGUUUUUAUGAUGCCAAGUGAAAUGUUCCCAACCAAUAUUAAAGCAAAAGCUUUAUGUUUACUUGAUUUGUAUUUUGCUCUUACAGCAUUUUUAGUUAUGAAAUUAUUUGAAGUAGUUUCUUCGAAUUAUGGUGAUCAUGCACCAUUUUAUGGUUUUAUGGUAUUUACAUUGAUGAGUAUUGUUUUUAUUGUCUAUUGUGUGCCAGAAACAAAAGGAAAAACUCUACAUGAAAUACAAAGUAUUUUGAGUGGUCAUGAGUCUGGAUUUGUUUCUGAAACUAAACCUUUAUUGCCAUACAAAACCGCAUAUCCUAUUAUACCCUGUGAUACGGGUACUAAUAAUAAUCGUUUUUAUAGUCGAAAUAUUUAGGAGGUUAAAUACUUAACGAAUCUCGACCAAAUCGUGGAAAGUAGCUGGUUCUAUUUACGCAUGAAUAAGAUGGUGAAAAUACUCUAUUGGAUGAUAUUUAAAAGACUGUUUAUUGUAGUGUAGAUAAUGAAGUUAAACUGCCUUAAGAGAUUUUGUCACAUUCUUCUUUAGUUCAUCCUCAAAAAAUUGAUUUCAGUUAAUUCAACCACUUACUAUAGGGGAAAGUGUUACAAAAUGAUCCCUCAUUGUUUUAAGUGAACUCUAAAUACAAGCAAAAAGUUCAAAAUAAUAAGUGACUUUAAUUAAAUGUAUCUAAUUGCCGCUGGAAAAACGGAAAAUAGAUUUAAAACUUAAAACGCGAACUGUGUGAAUUAAUAAUAAUAAAGUAUACUAGAUUAAAUAAAAUACGGAAAUGAUAAAAAUUAAAAACACAAAUACGCAAAAUAUCAGUUUAUAAAAUUCCUAAAAAUAGAAAUAAACAAUAGCACUUCUUUAACUCCCAGUGAGUAUAAUUGAAAACUCUUCGCACUUUUUGCACACUAUACAAUUUCAUUCGUGUUGUUCAAAAAUAAUUUUUUUUUUCUAUCAUGAACAAGUCUAUUUAAAUGAGAUAAAAAAUGUGUUCAUUUAA